AUGGGGCACAAGAUCAAGAAAUAUAGGACAGAUAAGCCCCUGACAACCGCCAAUAUAGAAGAUCUUUUGUGGCCUCUGUAUGACUGGCCCUCUAGAUCUUCCAGUGAAACAUCCCUUGUUGAUAUAUGGGAGCAGGUGACACCUGUUGAGAAGCGGGGAGCUGAUUUACCUCCAAUGAAGUCUUGCAGACCUUCAACACAGAUCAUAGCUGCUGACAUAACUCAGGCUAAGGAGGACAUAAAUGGAAUGUCGGUGCGCUUCCAUGACGUUGAACUCAACACCGCUGAUCACGAGGUCUGCCUCACUAGUGUUGAACAAGAGCUGCUUAAGCGUGAACAGGCCACUAUUCAGCACCGCAUGACAGCUAUUGAGGACCACAGCCUCCUAAUUCCCUGUGAAUCUAGAACUUUAAAAAUCACAGAGGCCUCAGAAGUGGCUGGACCCUGCAGACACUAG